CUGCAGGAACUAAAAUAACUCGCCGAGUAACAGGGGAAUCUUCCAGGGCUGCCGCUGAAAACGGGGCGCGCGGCCCAUGGGAGACGUUACUGUGUCACCGCCGAGGGCCCGUCCUGCAGUUACCGGCUGAAGAGAAUCGAAACUGUCCCCUUGUGCUGCCGUCCAGUUCCGGGAGGGGAAGAUUGGCCAUGGCUGCAGUUACGGAGCCGGAAACCCAGCUGUGUGGCAACUGCAAAAAGGAUAUUCCUGUUGCCAAUUUCACCAUCCAUGAAAUCCACUGUAGCAGAAACAUUGAAGUGUGUUGCUACUGCCAUGAAUCAAUCCCAAAGACUGAAAUGAAAAACCAUGUUGAGUCUGAGCACGUGCAGGUUACCUGUAAAUGCGGUAUGAAGAUAGAAAAAAGUCUCUUGGAGGAUCAUGAGGCGUCAGCGUGCCCUUUGCGGCCUGCAGUCUGCCAGCACUGUGAACUCCAGCUCGCAUUCAACAAGCUCCRCGAGCACGAAAAUUAUUGUGGGGCCAGAACCGAGAGGUGCAGCAGCUGCGGGCUGAACGUGAUGGUCAAGGAUCUGAAGGAGCACCCUCGGGUCUGUGGGAAAGAGGGCAAGCAGGGAAAAGCAGGCAAAACUGUGCCUCGCUUUGAGCAUGGGGAUGCCGAUUUGCGUUCCCUUCGAGACAUUAAAAACCAGCUAAGAUUAGAUAACUAUGCUGGGCCUUUGUGGAGAAUGCCCAGGGUGCUUGAAAAUCAGCUUUACGGCAACUCUGUCGGGGACAAAGCACUAAAGGACAUUAGGAGAAGAAAUGUUUCAGCAGGACAAAGAAAUUGGAAUCAAGAGGAUGACUUGGAACCACUGGCGAGAACUAAACCCGAGGAGCAGGCUGCCAGUCUGGACUACCUGCUGGCCCUCAGCCUGCAGAGCGAGGCCCGCGGCCACGGCAGCAGCGCAGCCCACGCGCCCAGCGCCCGCUCCAGAGAGCCCCUGCCCUCCGCCCGCCUCGGUGACACGGACGAGCCGGACCUCUGCUGUGAUUCUCUAGAGUCUUUUACCACUUCCAACCUCGUAAAAAGCAAUGAGAUCAUGUUGCCGUGUGAAUUCUGUGAGGAGCUCUACCCUGCGGAGGAUCUGAUUCUUCAUCAGACAGGUUGUAAUCCAGCAAGUGCCUUUGCAUCAUUCAGUAAGAGAAGUUCUUCUCCAAAGCCCCGAAAAUAUGAAGAUUUGCAUGAUUUUGGGCCCAGAAGCAGGAGAUCCCGGCCCCAAGCUGUCCAGGCAGAAGGAAACAUUAUCAUUCCAUGUGAAUUCUGUGGCAUCCAGUUGGAAGAGCAAAUCCUCUUUCAUCACCAGGACCAGUGUGACUUGCGCCCAGAAGCAGCCACGGCGGCAGCGCCGUCGCCAUCGCAGCAGCCCCCGGCCUGGCAGGAYGGCGCCGGGGACGGGGACUCUCCGGAGCUGGCUCGGAGGCGCCUCCGGCACCAAGGAGAUGUUUCCCCGCGGUGCCCAGACGGCUUCAGGCAGCAGAGGUCCAGCUACCCCGGGCGAGGAACCAGGCCCCUAAAUAACGCAGGAAACGGCAGGAGCGGCGCCGCGCCGGGCUCCUCCGGCGCGAGAGCUGCCGACGCRGCCGGCUUGAGAGGGAAGCCCCGCAAGGCAGCGGCCCACGAGGGGAGAGGCAGGAGCAGGGCCGCGCUCGAGCCGGCCRGUGGGACGACACCGCGGGCGUCUCCCGGCCUCCAGCUGGAGGGCUUCACACCCGGCUUCUCGAGGGCGUCUCCAACACAGCGCAGCCUGGGAACCGGAGGAGGAAGGACRCCGGGCGGCCCAGGCAGCUUCAGGAACAGGAACGUGAAGACAAAAGCCCAGGGCCCAGAGUUUGGUUAUGCAGAGGACAACUGAUCUGCCACGUUGGAACUGUGUAUUUAGCACUCCACACCCUCCUACUAUGCACUACACGACUUAUCUGAGCGCAACUAACUGCUUUAUUGCCAUGUCAUUGAAGACUUUCUAUCGAUUUAAAUUUUUAUAGGCAGUGAUCAUUUUAUAUGUAUUUUUAAUUUGUGAGAGUAUCCUCCAGGUUUUUACCUCAGUGAUCUGUACUAGCACCAUCCCCUGUCAGCAGAUAUCCUAGUUGGGGAGCUCCAUGUUCCACCUUGGCCUUUUGGGACCRCCGGUGCAAGAGAAGUUGACGCACU